CAUAUAUAUCAGCUUCAUUUCCCCAGUGCAUUCCCCAGUCUCCAUUUCUUUCCAUCAUCCUAAUAUCUAAAUUAAACCUCAGCACUCCUAAACUACUCACACAAUCAUCAUCAUGAAGUUCCUCUGGUCUCUCGCCCUCUUCGCCGCUGCUGCUUCUGCCCAGUCCGUUACGGACUCAGACGCUGCUGCCCCCUCUGCCUCUGGUGGAUGUGACGCCGAUUUCAUUGUUAAGCGAUGUCUCGAGACCGAGAACGCAAAGGUUGAGGAGUGCAAGCCCAACGACUGGGAUUGUCUCUGCCCUGCCUACGAGGCCGUUGCUACCUGCUUCAACAACUGCCCCGACGACCCUCGUGCUGGCUCCGCCAAGGGCCAGGUCCAAAUCAACUGCCAGAACCAGUCUCUCUAUGGAACAUCCACAAGGAACACAAAGUCUACCUCUGCCACAGCUACUGCCUCGGAAGCUUCCGCUACCGAGUCUGAUGAUGCUGAAGAGACCGGCACUGCAACCAAGUCUGCUUCCGCCGCCGAGAACACCAACAACGCCGCCGAGAAGGCUCGCAACACUGCUGGCGUUCUCCUCGCCGUUGCUGGCGUUGUUGCUGCCAUCCUGUAAUUCGAGUUUUAAAAAGGGGUUAUGAGUGAUAUUUGAAUGGGCCACGGAAUUUAUACGAACCUUAUGGUAAAAAGUUAUGCAUCGACGGAAUAUUAAACGAUUAAUUAUGUAAUUCAUUAAUUAAUAAAUCAAGGAUCGAACCUUGAUCCAAUUUACUUCUAACAAGCAUCUAUCUAUUCGUUCGUGUAAAUCGUCUUU